AUGAAAAGAGAGCGAUCAUCCGAAAGAAAGAGCAAGAGCUCGUCAAAGAGGCACAGCAUAGAUGCCUCAUCUAAUCAUUCCAAUGACAGACAGUGGUAUGAUGUGCUGCUGGAACUCCACAUCAAAUCUAGUUACAAACUGACGAGUGCAAUCAACAAGUCAGAAGACAGAAGGGAGUUGCCAACUGUCCCGCAACCCACCCACACUAUUGAGUGGCUGGCUCGCACCAGUUUCAGACAUCGCCCCAUGCACCUCAAUGUUCCGCAGCAAAAGAAACUUCCCCAGCAAAGGAAGCAGAAGGUUGCCAAGAGACGGUGUGUGCAGCAUUCUGAGCUUGACACCUCCUUCAUUCUCUACUAA